CGCCUCCGGGACUUCGAGGAAGACAUCGACCUCGAACUCGUGAGCAGCGAUCGUGCUGGGAGCCAUGAGCGACAAGACACUCGAGCCCAGCGUGUCGCUGAUGCAAUCUCCAGGGUUGACCAACUCAUUCCUCGCGGCCCAGGGGCCGCGGGUGAAGAAGCUCAGCCCAAUGAUGGUCAGACGAAAGACCUUCGAGGUGCUGGAUCGCGAUUCUCGGAAUAG